UUCUUACGUGCGCUGGUCACGGGGCCGGUGUUGACACUUCCGGGUGGGACCAAAGUGAGGCGGCGGGGCAGGGGCUGGCAUCUAGGGCGGCAGUGAUGGCGUACAGCGGUCUCACCGUGCCUCUCAUAGUGAUGAGCGUGUUCUGGGGCUUCGUGGGCUUCUUAGUGCCCUGGUUCAUCCCUAAGGGUCCUAACCGGGGGGUUAUCAUCACCAUGUUGGUCACCUGUUCAGUUUGCUGCUACCUCUUUUGGCUGAUUGCAAUUCUGGCCCAGCUCAACCCUCUCUUUGGACCACAGUUGAAAAAUGACACCAUCUGGUAUCUCAAGUAUCACUGGCCUUGAAGAAGACGUUGUGCUUCGCAGUGCUGUCAUUGAGGUCACGAAGAGAAUUCCUCUACAGGCAAAAUCACCUCCAGACCCAGACCGCCAGUCUCGACUCGCCUAGUUAGGCAUUAGCUGCCUUAAACAUUCACAUCACAUUUGAAUGCCUUAUUCUAAAAUGCAGUAUUUUUCCU